AUGAUGGAGGUUCAGGGGCCCUGGCUAGCCACUUGCAUGGGCAUCUUCUUUGGAUGGGCAUUUCUGGCCUGGCUCGUACGCGUGUGGGCAAAGUUGCGAAUGCACGUCUGGACGCUGGACGAUUAUGCCAUUUGCGGUUCCAUGAACCUGUAUGCUAGCCAAAUAUUUUACAUCGUUUCGCUUGGUCUCUGCCGAGUGUCGGCAGCCCUCUUCAUCGUAUACAUUUCCCACUCGGGCCCGCACAUUCAGCCAGCGCAGUCGUUGGCCAUCAUCACAGCCGUGUGGACUGCGUCGUCCUUGUUGGCCAUUUGCAUGCGCGGCAACAUUGCCCAGCCGUGGAAGGUGCUCGAUGGGUCUUACACUAUGUUUAGACGAUGGCUAGGUAUUGAAGUGUCUGGCAUCUUUAUCGAGCUGGUCCUGUGGGGGAUGGCAGCCCAUCUCGUCUGGGGCAUCCAGCUCAAGACCUGGAAGCGCAUUCUGAUUAUAUGUGCUUUUGGCGCUCGCUUAUUAGUCGUUGUGCUCGUCGCCGUGCGGCUCGUCCUUCUCGAUCCGCGCGUCAACACCGACCCGGCCCGCGGCGCUACAAUGGCGGAUUUCCUCACAGAGGCGUGCGUGCACUUUUCCAUCAUUUCUGGCUCCGCGACGACACUUAAGCCGCUUCUCAUGUCAUUCUACCCAGCGAACCUGGAGCCCGCCGAGACGUCCACCUCUGGGACACGCUCCAAACAGCGGACGCGCGGGAGAGACAUUGACUACCGCCGCGAAAGAACUAGGCCGGCCAUUUUGAGCAUUGGAAACCAAACUUGUAACAGAAUCAGCAUUCAUCGCGCGGCGGUUAGCGAUAUUACCUGGCGGCCGAUGGGGCAAGGGUUGUUGAAUACGCCCGCGCCGGUCGUCGAGUCGGGAAAUGAGAAUGGCCGUCCGGCGGCGCGGAGCAGUACACGUUUGCACAAGAAUAGCGACGUCGAUGCAAGGCAAAGGGAUGCCAUAUCGGGAAUUAUCAGGAGUGGAGGAGCGUCGAGAACGCCGCCUGGGUCGUCGACGUCGGAUGAUUCAGGGCGGAUGAUGAUUCAAAAGACAGAGGUGAUGACUCAGCACAGGUAG